CCGCCGCCUGCUACAGCCCGCCAGCGGUACCACGGAACUCUAACUUCCUCAUCUCCAGUAAACCUGUCCCCUUGCUGACUGACCGACCUCACUCGCGCGGCACCUCUUAUCCGUCUUCGCGUCGCCGCCCUCGUCGCCUCAGUCGCUCCUUUGCCAGGCCCGUCAGCUGCUGGCUGCCAUUGUCGCCAUCAUGUCCAGCAAUGUGACCGAGACCGCCGCGCCCUCAUCAGACCCUCCUCCACCCGCCUCGAGCGCUGCCCCGUCCAGCGCCGCCCCAACCAGUGACCCUCCCGCCCAGUCGAGCCAGGCACCGCCGCCUGCUUCAUCAGCAGCUCCAGCCCCAUCAACGUCAGCAACACCUCCUCCAGCGCAGUCGAGCGCACCACCGCCAGCGCAAUCGUCUACCGCGGCUCCUCCUACCUCGACCAACAAUGAACCGACCUUUGUCGAUACCAGCGUCUUCACUGCCCCGUCGGCUCCCCCCUCGACCCAAGUUAUCGUCUCCACCGUGACACCCACGGGAGCUGGAGAGACACCAUCGGUUGUCACCGUCAUUCGAACUUUUACUCCUGAUUCUCCGACUGCAGCACCAACCAACAGCGCCUCCCCCUCCGGUACAGGUGCUGCUGACCCUUCCAACACCGACUCCACCCAAUUGCAGAAUGCGCAAAAGGAGAACGCUGGUGGUCUCAGCACUGGUGGUAAGACUGCCAUUGCCGUCGUCAUCCCUGUUGUUGUCGUGGCUCUGCUAGUCCUAGCCGGCAUCUUCUUCUGGCGCAAACGCAAGCAGCGCCAGAGCGCCGAGGACGAACGCAGGAAAGAAGUCGAGGAGUACGGCUUCAACCCCAACCACGAUCCUACCCUUCCUGCUGUCGGUGGAUUGGCAAUGGCCGAAGACGACAGCGGUUACCGAGGCUGGGGCAACACCACUACGAGCUCCAACCGCAAAAUGUCCACCACUCUCACCUCUGGCAUGACCUACUCGGACAGCAACAGUAACCCCGGCGGAUACACCAGCCCACACUCUCCCACACACGGAGCCUACUCCGACGCUCACUCCAACGAUCCGCUCGUAGAUGGCCGUCGCCAGACCAUGGACUCGGACGGCAUCGGUGCACUCGGUGUCGUUAACGGUGCUGCAGCUGCCAACUCUGCCAACAACCAGGCUGGUGUGCACCGCGGGCCUUCCAACGCUUCGUCGUCAUACUCGGCAGCCAACCACUCUGACAACUCUGGCGACUACCCUGGUAUGGCCAAUGGUCACCCACAGGAGUACUACAACAACCAAGAGUACUACCAGAACGGGCCAUAUGCCUCCAACGAUCCGUACGCUGCCCAACAACAGCCCAUCAUAAGAGACGUAUCAGCCCGACGGAACACGAGGAUCGAGAACCCAAGUGUCUUCCCUCAACAAGGCAACUCUGGAAUCGCGCAAAACUUCUAGUCGUGCGCUCUUGUUGGCAUCGUAUCUGUUCAUCUAUCGCUACCUGUAUAUUGCGACUCUAACCUUACCCAUUCCCUUUAGCUCUCACUCGACAUAUAUCCAAA